CAAGCAAACAGCACUUUAGUCCCUAUUUUGGAUUUCCUUCUUGAAGAAGAUUACACCUAAAACUUCAGCUAACAAUUAUUGUUCUGAGAUCUUUUUCCUCAAAGAACUAUUUUGUCACUGGUUAUUGCUGCACAGUUUCUGAAAUAAAGUAGAAGAAUGAUUGCACUAUUUUAUUUCUCCUUCUUAAGUUAUGGCUUUUCAAUGUUUUCUGGAGUACACGGCUGGUCUUAUUUCUACUCUUCAGUCAACAUGACUUAUCAAGAGGCAAGAAAUUAUUGUAAAACUCAUUAUACAGAUUUGGUGGCAAUUCAAAACCAAGAGGAAAUCAAGUAUCUGAACGAGAUUCUUCCUUUCAAUCGUGCAUACUACUGGAUCGGCAUCCGUAAGAUCAACAACCAGUGGACUUGGGUGGGAACCAACAAAAAGCUUACCAAAGAGGCAGAAAACUGGGCCAGCAAUGAACCCAACAACAAGAGGAAGGAUGAGGACUGUGUUGAGAUGUAUGUUGGAAGAAAAGCAGAUGCUGGAAAAUGGAAUGAUGCAUCCUGUAAAAACCGAAAAGUUGCUUUGUGUUACACAGCUGCGUGCAAUGCUACCUCUUGCAGUGGUCAUGGAGAAUGCAUUGAGACAAUAAAUAAUUAUACAUGCAAGUGUAAUGAAGGUUUUUAUGGAGAGAAGUGUGACAAAGUUGUAACCUGUGAACCUUUGGAACAACCCGAUAAAGGAUCAUUUAAUUGCUUUGCUCCUAAUGGCAACUUCAAUUACGGGACAUCUUGUGAGUUUAGCUGCCAGGAAGGUUACGAUAUGGACUCUGAUAGCACAAUCCACUGCACUGUUUCUGGAUGGUCUUCAAGUGCCCCUCAAUGCAAUGUGAUAAAUUGUUAUAAUUUGAAAACUCCAGAUCAUGGAUCCAUGAGAUGCAGUGGCCCCUUUGGUGAAUUUUUGUAUAACUCCAGUUGUGAGUUUUCCUGUGAUGAAGGAUUUGAGCUUGUUGGGAAUAAUAAACUCCAGUGUAUGGGAAACUCUGAAUGGAAUGGUGUGGUACCACAGUGUACAGCUGUCAAGUGCCAAGCAAUAAAUAAUAUUGACCAAGGAACAGUUACCUGCAGCCUUACUAAUGGGGACUUCACAUAUAAAUCAAGUUGUCAUUUCAAAUGUUCCGAAGGAUUUGCUUUGAUUGGAUCAGAAAGCGUCCAAUGCACAGCACAAGGAGAGUGGACAAAUGAAAUUCCUCACUGUGAAGUUAUUCAAUGUGAGCGUCCAGUUGAACCACAAUAUGGAUUAAUCAGCUGUUCUAAUGCAGAAGACAAUCUACCAGAAAACUCUACAUGCGAUUUUAGUUGUGUUAAAGGCUUUGCAUUGGUUGGGUCGCCCUCUCUACUUUGUAUUGCUCCUGGACAGUGGACAGAAGAAGCACCAAUAUGUAAAGCUGUGUCAUGCCCAGAUCUUACAAACCCUGAACAAGCUAAGAUGGACUGCGAAGAUGAUUUUGGAAGAUUUAAAUAUAACUCAAAUUGCUCUUUCCAGUGCAAUGAAGGUUUUAUCUUAAUUGGAACUGAGUCACUGCAGUGUUCCUCAUCUGGGUCUUGGAGCGCCAUAGUACCUGAAUGUCAAGCUAUUCAGUGUCAGUCUUUAAAUGCCCCAGAAAAUGGCAAUAUCCAUUGCCAAGGCAAAUCAACUUACAACUCGAGAUGUUCCGUUACUUGUGCAGAAGGGUUCAAUUUAAUUGGAGCGUCAGAGCUCACUUGUGCCUCCUCUGGAGAGUGGACAUCUGAUAUCCCCGAAUGUGAAGCUGUACAAUGUCCAUCUUUGAAAGCCCCAGAAAAUGGAUAUAUCGAUUGCCAAGGAAAAUUAUUUUACAACUCCAAAUGUUCCUUUACUUGUGCAGAAGGGUUCAAGUUAAUCGGAGCAUCAGAGCUCAACUGUGAAGCCUCUGGAGAGUGGACAUCUUUUGCACCAACAUGUGAAGCUGUUCAGUGUCCAUCUUUAAAUGCCCCACAAAAUGGACUAAUCGAUUGCCAAGGAAAACCAUUUUACAACUCAAGAUGUUCUGUUACUUGCGCAGAAGGCUUUAAUUUAAUUGGAGCGUCAGAGCUCACUUGUGCCUUCUCUGGAGAGUGGACAUCGGAUAUCCCCAUAUGUGAAGCUGUACAAUGUCCAUCUUUGAAAGCCCCAGAAAAUGGAUAUAUCGAUUGCCAAGAAAAAUCAUUUUACAACUCCAAAUGUUCCUUCACUUGUGCAGAAGGGUUCAAGUUAAUCGGAAGAUCAGAGCUCAACUGUGAAGCCUCUGGAGAGUGGACCUCUUCUGCGCCAACAUGUGAAGUUGUUCAGUGUCCAUCUUUAAAAGCCCCAGAAAAUGGUCAUAUCGAUUGCCAAGGAAAAUCAUUUUACAACUCCAAAUGUUCCUUUACUUGUGCAGAAGGGUUCAAGUUAUUCGGAACAUCAGAGCUCAACUGUGAAUCGUCUGGAGAGUGGACAUCUUCUGCGCCAAAAUGUGAAGCUGUUCAGUGUCCAUCUUUAAAUGCCCCAGAAAAUGGACAUAUUGAGUGCCAGGGAAAAUCAUCUUACAACUCCAGGUGUUCUUUUACUUGUGCAGAAGGGUUCAAGUUAAUGGGUGCAUCGGAGCUCACUUGUGCGUCUUCUGGAGAGUGGACCUCUUCUACACCAACAUGUGAAGCUGUGCAAUGUGGAACUCUUCCUAUUCCAGACAUGGGCAUAAUGAACUGUACUAAUGUUCUUGGAGACUUCAAAUUUGGCACUGUGUGUAAAUUUGAUUGCAAAGAUGAAUGGCUUCUAAAUGGAUCAAAUACUUUAGAGUGCAGCAGUGAUGGCAAAUGGAGCGCUACUAUUCCCACUUGUGAAGGUCCCAAAGUUCCUGAUGAUCCCACUUUGAAGAUUACUGUAGGAGCUGUAGCCACUGGUGCAUCUGUCUUGUCUACUGCUUCCUUACUAGCCUGGCUUGUUAAACGUCUUCGGAAAUCAGCAAAGAAAUUUACUCCUUCCAGUAGCUGCCAAACUCUUGAAAAUGCUGGCAUUUACCAGAACGCAGAAGACGUGUGAUUUUCCAUAUUAAGAGGAAGUCUACAAUAAACUUAUUACAAGAACUAAUGGCACCUGGAAGUCUUCUUUCUGUCUGGAAUGAAAUAUGAGUACUACAUGAAAAGAAGAAACGGAAUGUACGUGGUACUAACCAAUUUUAUAGCUCAUUGAUUGGUCUAUGACAUCAUCAAUACCAAACGCUAUAAGACCCACAUCAAAAGAACAUUUUUUCGAGAUGUUGAAUAAAAUGACUUGGUUUGUUCUAUGAACUUCCACCAACAGAACUCUGGGGUACUAAAAGUGAUUAAAGAGAAAAGAAUAUAUGGAGACACAGGGUGUACAAAUUACAUUUUACAGUUUUCAGAAGGAAAUUUCAAAAUAAAUAAACUAUUAUUCUAACUUUGCUAAACUCAUUAAAAGUCAUCUCCAUCUUAACUAGUGGAGAUACUGGAGGGACCUUUUAGUGAAAUUUGCCUAGCAAUGCAAUGGAUUUGUAGAGUAUCAUUAGCCAAUUACAUGCAUUUUCUCAAUUCAUGUUUAAUUUAUUAGUUUUAUAAACUAAUACAAAGUCAAAUGACAACUGUGGUACCUGUUUAAA